GCCGGCGGCGUGCUGGGCCAGAGCCGCGAGGCGCGUGGCGUCGCGCAAGGAGGAGCAGAAGGCGUCGAUGAUCACAGUAAUCGUUCUUGGCUUGCUGUUCACCGUGGCGUAUUUCAAUAGCAAGAAGGAGGACGACAAUGAGGACAGGCGCAUCAAGUCGGAGGUGCAGAGGCUCGUCCGCCUGAAGAAGGAGUUCGAGGAGGCCGAGAACAGCGAGGAGACUUCGGACGACAGCCUCUCGGCGUCUCUCCGGGCGGCGCAGGAGAAGCUCGCCAAGGAGGACGGGGAGGGUGACGCCGCGGGAGAGGCGGACAAGAAGGAGGACCAGGGCGACGGCGAGGGUGAGGGCGAGCCAGGCCCGACGGAGGGCGACGAGCCGCCCAAGCCGUCCCCGCCCGCCCCCGAGGGCGGCGGCAAGCCGGCCUGAGGAGGGCGCGCCCAGCCAGGGCCGGCGCCGCAGCGCCAGGCCGGCGCCCCGCCGGAGGAGCCGCGGAGGCGGGGCCUUUUGGUGAGGUCGGCGUAGGUACAGUCUGCGCGCGCCAGUAGGCAUAUAGAACCCCGCCAAGAGAUCAAAGGCGUCGUCGUCGCCGUUGUCGUCGUCGCUGUCUUCGCGUCGCCCUUUCGUCGUCGUCGUCGUCGCUAUCGUCGUCGUCGUCGUCGUCGUCGUCGUCGUCGUCGCUGUCGUCGCGUCGCCCUGUCGUCGUCGUCGUCGUCGCU